AUGAGGAUCAUUGUUUGGAACUGUCAAGGGAUGGGGAGUGCCCUGACAGUUCCUAGCAUAAAUGAGCAGGUUAAGCUCCAAACUCCCGACACAGUGGUUCUGCUCGAAACAAAAAAUAGGAGUAAUUGCUAUGAUGACAAAUGUUGUCAGUGGAGAUUUUUUGCAAUCUAUGCAAGUACGGAGGACCGUAUUAGGAGAACUCAAUGGCAAAUAUUACAAGAGCGAGUGUCUCGCUGUCAGGAGGCGUGCCUUGUGAUGGGAGAUUUUAAUGAUAUAUUGGAUGCUUCUGAAAAAGUGGGAGGUGUAACACGUACAGUGAGAAGUAUGUUAGAUUUUCGCACCUUUGUCACUGAUAACAGGUUACUUGAUCUUGGAUUCAUGGGCUACCCCUUCACAUGGAGGAACCGACGACUCGACUGGGGCAUACAAGAGAGGCUUGAUAGAGGUCUUGCAACAGAUCAAUGGAUAAAUUUAUACCAUGAUGCCAAAAUUCAUGAUCUCAUGGUUGCGGGUUCUGACCAUGUCAUGUUGUUAUUACAAACUCAAGGUGAGCCAAGGAGAUGGCGGAGACGUUUUAUCUAUGAUCCGCAAUGGAACAGAACUGAAGGGUUUUGUCAGUUAGUUAAGGACAGAUGGGGGAAACCUUUUCGUGGCUCUUGGAGUUUGCAAGUGGUCUAUAAACUUCAAUGGGUCAGAAAAGGAAUCCUUCACUAG